GGGCGCACAGCAGUGCCGAGAGCGCAGCGACAUUGCCCGUCACCUCGCCAGUCUGCAGAGGGCUGCGAGCGAAGAUGAUUCUGGGCCUGAGGGCCGAGGUCACAAGGCACGAACCCGCGGGAUCGAUUGGAAGUACACAUUGCCCGCCUACCGCGACUUCAUCUGCAUCUCGCGCAAGAAAAUGCUCAGGGGUAAAAGAUGGCACUACGAAGAGUGGGAGCUGGACUUCUGCGGGGCGUGCGCAGAAUACUGCCUGGACAAGCACGGGCGCUCGAAGUUCGACUUCUUGCAGCUGCUGCGAGCCAGCUGCGGCGCGCAGAUCAGCGCCGUGUCGAGAAAGCAGGUUGCCCAGCACAACGACGCGCCGACGGCCAGUAACGUCGUUGGCGUGAAGGGCAUCGGAGGCGACGUGCAGGGGCCAGCGGGCGAGAAGCAAGUGCCGAAGGUGGUGUUCGACAUCUUCUAUGUGGGAACUGACCAGUUGGCGGCUAUGCGCAAGCGCAAGGGAGGCUACUCCAGCAUCCGUGAGAAGCCGCCGGCAACGAUGGCAGAUCUCGAACAGGCGAUCGCGGUUCUGAACGUGAUCGAUUGCAAGAUCCCGCACAA